GGCUAUAAAACCAAUACGAAAUCAAUUAUAGCGGCCAUGCGAACGAAACACUUAAUACUAAUAUUAAUCGGUGUGAUACUCGCUACGAUCAUAUUCAUUAUAUUUGGACCAGCCGGUGAGCCAAACGACUCUUUCAAAAAUAUUGUGGUGCAGACACAUCAACAGCUGAAAGAGUUUCAGGAAAAUUUACGAGUUGGCCUGGAGCGCAAAAAGCUGGAGCUGGAGCCGAAAUAUUUGGCUUUGCUUGGUUUCACAUCGCCGCUGAGCACAAAGGACACAGAACAAUAUCACAAAUAUCAUGUGGAGCCUGCUCCAAAGCAGCAGCUGCAGCAGCAGCACCAGCGAGAUAAGCAAACAUCACAGAAGCAGCAGUUAACAGAGACGCCCGGAUCGGCGAUUAAAGCCGAGCUGGAGCUGAUCGAGUUGCGUCAAUUACAUGGAGCGCAUGAUUCCAAAGGAAGCGCUGCUCCAGAAUCGGAUCUGCAGCAAAAGAGUCAGCGCAAGCGCAUUACCACGCCCUAUAAUGGCACAAAGGCCAACUUUACGAUAGUGACCUACGUGUUGGAAGGGCAGGCGCCCUCGGUCAUAUUGCUUGCCCAGAACAUUGCCGCAAAGCUACCCAAUGAAUAUUUGCUCAUCUAUGAUUUGGGCGUCUCUGAGGAGCAAUUGCGCGCCCUGAGCGCCUAUUGCAACAGCAGCCGUUGCGCUGUCGUUACCUAUGAUCUGUCCGAGUUUCCUUCAUUCGUGACCGACCAACGCACACAUGCAUAUCGCCCGAUUGUGAUAAAGGAUGCGCUUAUGCGUGCCAAGUCCAUACUGUUUGCAGAGAAUUAUAUGCGGAUACGAGGCAGCCAGCAUGAAGUGCAGAAUCUGCAGAGUCGUGUCAUGGUAUCCGGCGUACUGGGCUGGAAUACACCUAUGGCUGUCUCCUCUCGGACACAUCCCAAAAUGUUCGACUAUUUCGAAUCGGAUGCAGACGAUUUCAUAUUCUUACGCAUGGUUGAUCUCGAUGUUGUCUUCUUUGCGGAUAGUCUCUUCGUAACUGAGAAGAUUAUGUUGCCAUGGCUGAAAUGCUCGCUAACGCUUGAAUGCAUCGAUCCAAUUGGUGCUCAAUCGAAUGGCUGUAAAUUUAAUAAGAAACCGCUCUAUCGCUAUUCCGGUUGCCAUGGUUACGAUGCCUCCGCUUUCAAUAUUGUACUGGGCCUUACGUGGCAUUUGGACGACUCCAAAUAUUCGCUACCAAGUGAUGCUCCAUCUGCAAACAUGUUUUACAAGGAGUCCCUGGAGCAAGCGACUAAAAUACUUGAAAGUCGACGACGCAACAGCAGCGAAAUUUCUGAUCAUCCAUUUACGGAGGAGUAAUGCGGCAUAAUACUACAUACAUGAAUAAUUAGAUAUAAUAUUUUGUAUAUGUCGCUAUAUAAUACAUAGCCAGGAGCCGCUGGAACAAAGCAAGAUUUAUCGCUUAUUUAAAAUGGCGAAAUAGUCCCUAGCUUAAACACACAAGCACGUAAAUACAUAAAUAUCUAACUAACUACUCAUUAAUAAUGUUCACCAGAAACUAAGUUUAUUGUGUUUACAAUAAUUUGGUUAAACUAUAGUAGAAUUGUAUUAAUGCGACACCUUUACGAUAGCUUAUAACUAUCGGAGCACUUAACUAUGUAAAAUAAGGAAAAAGAAUGAAAGAAAAUUGCAUAUUUUUAUGUAAGGAACUGGAACAUUUUUUGC